AAAUGCUUUUCCUCCCAGCUGCUGCUCUGUGCUGUCUGUGUUCAGCGCUGGUUGCCAUGGCAGCACAGCUGAUUCAGGACGAUUUAACAUUGACCAGGAGACUUGAUGGAGACGUCUCCUUCAGCUGUCGAUAUGACCAGUGUCAAUACAGAGAACUAUUCUGGUACCAGAAGAAAGACACAGAAACAUUCAUUAGGAUUAUGUAUCUUAACAGGUGGAAUUGUAACAUAGAGCACAGGUUCGAUCAUCCUCAGAAAAAUGAUUUCUCAGUUGUGAAUAAUCAGAACCGUUGUGAGUUGAAGAUCCAGAAAGUUAAACUCCUUCAUUCAGCCACCUACUACUGCUCCUGUUAUAAGAGUGAUCCCACAGAUACGGGGUAUAACUACUUGAUCUUUGGCUCUGGAACAAAACUGGUUGUAACAGAUGAGCAGGUAGUGAAGCCCGUGGUGAGCGUGUACCCAGCAGCAUCCAGAGCCCACCUGGAGGGGAGGAGCUCCCUGCUGUGUGUGGCCUCAGCCAUGUUUCCUCCUCUGGUCCGCUUCUCCUGGAAAAGACAAAAGAAGAAUCAGGUGAAGCGGCUCCGUGCUGAGGGAGAGCAGCUGGAGCUCACAGAGUCGGGAUGUAAGGCCACCAUCUUGCUGGUUGAUCGGGACGCUCUCAACAAGUAUAAAUACCGCUGCACCGUCCAGCACGAGGGGGGCACAGUGGAGGGCCAAACAGAACAAGCUGCAGUUCAAACAACAAGCAGAAGCAUCAUCACCACAUCCAGCGCACCACCUACCUCCAUCGUAACGCAGCCUGAAGCAGCUGCAGUUCAAACAACAAGCAGAAGCAUCAUCACCACAUCCAGCGCACCACCGACCUCCAUCGUAACGCAGCCUGAAGCAGCUGCAGGUCAGACAACAAACAUCAGCAACACCACAUCCAGCAAAUUGCCCAAGUCCAUCGUAACGCAGCGUCAAGCAGUGUCCUUCCAGUCUCAGUGCAGGGUGAAGCUGCUCUGUGUGCUCUACACAGUGCUGAUAGUGAAGAGUCUGGUGUACUGCUGUGGACUCUCUCUGCUGAGGAUCCUCUGAAACAAGGGACCGUCCACCAGCUGCUCACAUGCUGACUGACUGUUUUCUGCUCGCCUUUUCUCACCAUCAGAUCUCAUCAGUUCGUCUCAUUGAUCACUUUGAUCAGCAGCCACAAAUGUCAAUGUUCAUGUUUUGUGGUUGGUUGUAAAAUGUAUCUUUUGAUGCACAGGUUAGAUUCAGUCAUCCUACAUAUAUAAAUACAUAUAUACACAUAUAUAUCUGCAGUGACUGAGUAUAAAUUCUGUGGUAUAGUGUUAUUUUCAUCCUCUAGUUUGUUUCCACUUUGAAUUGUGACUUGUAUAAUAAUAGAACAUGAAGCUGAAUCAUUAGCUGUCUGCUAGAUAUUUGAUUGUUUUAGUAUUUUUCUCUUCUUGUCUUUCUUUUUAAUACAUAAUGCAGAGUGU